CUGCUUUCAGAUGACAGGAAAUUUUUGUUUCUAGCAGUCUAAAAACCUGUCCUGCGAAGUAUGUUGGUUAUACUGACAGUGAACAUGGAAAACGCUGUGUGGUGUGUGUCUAUUCUCAGACAUAUGACAGAGUCGUCCGUGACCGCAGUUUCAUUGUUUUUCCUUUCUUCGCGGCAGUAGGCGGCAGAAAUCAGUUAUCUGCUAUUGGAGACUAAUGUAAUCGUUAAGUAAACGUGAAUGAAAUCGGUGUGGCCAAAUAACGGAAAGAGAAUGCGAUUAUUGCACGAAAUAUGUCAAAAGAUAAGCGCGGUGUAACAGCCCCGCCCUCUCGCCACGCUGAACCCCGCCCACCACAUCCCUGAAGCGCUCGUGGACGACUCGCUCAGGGCAGGUGUCAACAUUGGAAAAUAUAGAAAGCUAAGCUAGACACAUCGCCGAGGCGACGGUCCGAGACACUUGAUUCUCUUCGGUUAAAGAAAAAAAAUGUUAAGGCGAAUACUGCAAAUGACUCCUGGGAAAGGCGGUGCCCAGACACCUGAGUCUGAUCAGCCGUCUGCUGAAAUGAACAAUGAGACAUCAGAGGGAUUUAUUUGUCCACAGUGUAUGAAGUCCCACAACUCUGCUGAGGAGCUUUUCAAACAUUAUGGGAUCUUCCAUGAGGCUCAGGACCAGUCCACACAACUGGGCCCUAGCAGGGAGGACUUAACUCUAUUGCGACAGGAGGUGCAGGACCUGCAGGCCUCACUGAAGGAAGAACGAUGGUUUUCAGAGGAACUGAAAAAAGAACUAGACAAAGUUCAAGGACAACUGAAGCAAGGACAGCAGACUGACGGCCAGACAGGUGGAGAGGAGUCCGAGCUGGAGAUGAAGCUCCACCAGGCAGAGACAGAAACGUUCAACAUCAAACAGAUGAAAGACCUGUUUGAACAGAAAGCUGCUCAGCUGGCUACUGAGAUAGUAGACAUUAAGUCUCGCUAUGAUGAGGAGAGGAGUCUUAGAGAGCUGGCAGAGCAGAGACUGGCCAACGUGCAGGAGGAACUUCAGAGAGAGAGACAGGAGAAAGACAGACUCUCCACAGAACUGCUGCAGAGGCCGGGCUUGGAGGACGUGGAGGUGCUGAAGACGGAGCUGGUGCAAGUGCAGACGCUCAUGGACAACAUGACACGCGAGAGGGAGGCGGAGUCAGCGCAGCUGAAGACCCAAUACGAACGGCUGCAGGCCAAUUUCACAACCUCCGAGAUUCGUAAACUGGAGACAACCAUCUCAGGGCUGAGGGCCGAGCUGGAGAAGGGACCUCAGGAGACUGCUGUGUACACUCAACAGAUCCACCAACUCCAGCAGAAGAACCAGCUGCUGUCCGAGAAGCUGGCACAAAGGGAGAAGGAGAACCAGGAGGUGGAGAAGCGCCUGUCUCAGGAGCAGACCUCCAAGAAGAGCCUGCAGGCCAGCCUGCACCAGCGGGAUCUGGAGCUCCAGGAGAGCCAGGCACGGGCAUCGGCAGGGGAGGCUGCGCUCGGCCGGGCCCGGGCCGAGGGGGCCGAGCGCGGGGAGGAAGCGGGGCGGCUCCGGCGGGAGCUGGCUGAGCUGGAGAAGGUCCAGCAGGAGCUGAAGGCCGAACGCAAGCAGCUGCAGCACCAGAGGGAGGAGCGCGAGAGCCAGGGCCUGCAGCAACAGAGCCAGAUCAGCCAGCUGCAUGCGAAGCUACUGGAGGCGGAGCGUCAGCUUGGGGAGGUGCAGGGGCGGAUGAAAGAGCAGAGACAGCUGUCCGGAGAAAAGCUGAAAGAUCGAGAACAGCAGGUGGCAGAAGUGCAGCUCAAACUCUCACGCUUGGAAGAGCAGCUGAAGGAGACCACCACCAGGUCCACAGACCUGCAGCAGCAGCUGGACAAGUCCAAACAGCAGCACCAAGAACUGCAGGCCCUCCAGCAGAGCACCAACGGCAAGCUCCGAGAAGCCCAGAACGACUUGGAACAGGUCUUGCGUCAGAUCGGAGACAAAGACCAGAAGAUCCAGAACCUGGAGGCCCUUCUCCAGAAGAGCAAGGCCUCUCUGGGCCAGCUGGAGGCCGAGCGGGAGGACUUGUGUGCUAAGAUCCAGGCGGGAGAAGGAGAGGCUGCUUUACUCAGCCAGCUCCAGGAGAAGAACCACGCACUGCAUGAGCAGAUAUCCCAGCUGACAGACAAGAUGAGGAACCAAUCAGAGAGUCAUAAGCAGGCCCAGGAGAACCUGCACGAGCAGCUGCAGGAGCAGAAGAGUCAGGGGCGCUCGGUGCAGGACCGCUGCCAGACACUAGAGGGCGUCGUGGCUGACCUCACAAGCCAGCUCACGCAGAGCAAGGAGAGGGUGGCACAGCUUGACACCCAGCUAAAGGCUAAGACAGAAAUGCUAUUAUCUGCUGAAGCUGCCAACACUACCCAGAGAGCAGACCUGGAGAACCACCUGGAAACAGCCCAGAAUGCACUGCAGGACAAGCAACAGGAGGUGAGUCGGGUCCAAGCCCAGCUGGAGGAGCAGAACUGUAGACUGCAGGAGCAACAACUGCAGUGUUCUCAGCUGGACACCAGUCUGAAGGAGACCAGGGAACAGCUGCUGUUUGCAGAACAGAGGACCGACACACUGGAGACACAGGUCAAGAAAGCAGAGGCAGAGUUAGCAGAACUGCACUCUGCACAGGAACAGGCACAGAUGGAGCGUCAGAGGCAGCAAGAGCAGCUCAGUGAGAUGAACACGAAGAACACAGAGCUCAGCCGCUUGCUGGACACUGAGAGACAGGGGGCAGCAGCACUACAGGAGGAGCUGCAGGAGAAGACCUCAUCGCUGGCGGAGGUACGGGCACGGCUGGAGGAGGCGGUGCGUGGGCGGAACGCCCUGCAGAGCAGCCUGGAUCAGGCUGGCGAGCAGAGCCGGGCGCUACAGACCCGCCUGGAGCAGAAACUGCAGGGUUUGGGAGCAGAGCUGCAGAAAGCCUGUCAGCAGGCUGAGACGCAGGCUCACGAGCUCUCCUCGGCGAAGGAGUCCCUGAGCAGGACUGCUGCAGCCCUGGAGGUCAGCCAGGCACAGCUGGAGAAGGAGAAGAAGAGGAGUUGUGUAGCUCUGGAGGAGAAGGAGAAAUAUCACCAGAAGGCCCUACAGGAGGUUCAGAAGAUCACGCAAGCCACAGGCAAGGAGCUGAGUGCAGCCAAGUCUCAGCUGCAGAAAUCGGCAGAGGUGAAGAAGGGUCUUCAGGCCCAACUGGUGACACUCCAGGCCCAGCUGGUGCAGGCUCAGGACACGGUGAAGGACAGCGAGAAGGUCACACAGCAGCUGCAGGGACGGCUGGACGCAGCCCAGGGCUCCUAUAACCAGGAGGUGAAAAAAAUGCACAGCCAAGUGGCAGAGUUGCAGACUGCCCACACCAAGAAGGUGGAGGACCUGGCUAAGCUCCAGCAGCAGCUAGCUGCGCUGUCUGCAGAACUGAGCUCAGAGAAGACACACAGUGCGGAGUUGCAGAAGACGUGUGACAGCACCAAGCAGAACCUGGUCCAGCUCCAGUCAGACUACUACGGCAGGGAGUCUGAGCUGUCCGCCCUGCGCCAGGACCUGAAGGCAUGUGAGGAGAAGCUGGCUUUGACUCAGGAGGAACUGAAGGCCAGCACUAACCAGCUGACCAGCCGAGACUCCCUGAUCCAGGAGCUGAAGACGGGCAGCGAGGUGCUGGAGAAGGAGCUAACCAGGAGGGCAGAGACAGUGAGACAGCAGGACGAUGCCCUGCGCAUGCUCCAGGGACAGCAGGAGGUGACCCAGGAGGAGCUGAAGAAACAUCUUGCUCAGGUAGAGGAGCUGAAGGUGGUGCAGGGUGAGCUGGAGAAGGAGCGAGACAGGCUGAGCUCUGAGCUCAAAGCUCUGGCCAGCAAAAGCACCAAGGAGCUGAAGGAGCUCCAGGCAGCAAGACAGGUGUUGCUGCAGCAGAAGGUGGAGCUCCAGGGCCGGGUGGAGGCAGGGCAGGCCACGCUGGAGCAGGAGCAGAGAGACCACCAGAGCACCCGCGACACCAUCACACACACACAGCAGCAGCACAGAGUGGAAAUGGACAAGCUCCGCAGUCAACUGGCGUCGGAGGUGAAGUCUAAGGAGGAAGAGGAGAAGCGUGGUGAGGAAGCAUGUGCUCGCCUCUCCGUGCAGGUGUCUGCCCUCAACGAGAACGUGGCCACCCUGAAGCGUGAGUGGCAGGGGAGCCAGCGGCGCGUGGCCGAGCUGGAGAAGCAGACGGAUGAGUUACGGGGGGAGAUCGCUGUGCUGGAGGCCACUGUGCAGAACAACCAGGAUGAACGGCGCGCCCUGCUGGAGAGGUGUGUGAAAGGCGAGGGUGAGAUUGAAAAGUUGCAGAACAAAGUGAUGGAGCUCAAGAGAAAACUGGAUGACACGACAGCGGCUAUGCAGGAGCUGGGACGAGAGAACCAGUCCUUACAGAUCAAACAGUCGCAGUCUCUCACGCGGAAGUGGGCAGAAGACCACGAGGUGCAGAACUGCAUGGCCUGUGGGAAAGGGUUCAGCGUGACCAUCCGCAAGCACCACUGUCGCCAUUGCGGGAACAUCUUCUGCGCUGAGUGCUCGUCUAGGAAUGCCCUGACGCCCUCCUCCAAGAAGGCCGUGCGGGUGUGUGAGCCGUGCUACGAAGAGCUGCAGGGCUGAGUGUCCCGCCCCCUGCCCUGCCCUGCCCCAGCUCCCACCCACCAUUGACUUCUCCCAGGCAGGAGAGAUGAUUUACCCCUCUUACCCCAGCUCCGGAGGUGAAGGGGGAGGAGGCGGGGUCACAGCAGGGGGCGGCAGGGAGGGGGUGAGGACAAGCCUGCUCUGAUUCGCUGACUGGGUUCCAGGAGUACGCUCUGUCACAUCACACAGAGGGACGGGACAGCGCGGUCGCAGGCAGGCCUUGUCUGAACUGUACCAGUGCCUUGCGUGUUUCGGGGGUAGGGGGAACACGGCAGUGUUGGCUGUGUGGCUGAAGGUGGAUUUACUGGGAGCUUCCAUGCUCUUCUGAGUUUUGUACUGGUCUGAGUGUGGGGUUGCGGGGGGCGAGAAACCAAGACAAAAACAGAUCAGAAACCCUUCAGAGUUUAACUAACUGAACUGCACCCUGGCCAGCUCAGUCGCUAACUGAUUUGUGUUUUUUGUUUGUUUGUUUGUUUUUAAUGAUGUAUACAUACAUGCCUGCUGCACUACUUAUAUCUCCAUUUGAUUUACAAGUUGUUUGCUUUUAUUUUUGCAGUUAUCAUAGCAUUUCCAGACCGCUGUGAUGUGACAGCAUGUGUGCAUGUUUCACUACUCAGUGUGAACUGGCUCUUUAGUUUCUCACACAAUCAGUUAUUUUCACAGUCGCGUGUCCUGCUUUUAGCAGUUAUUGGGCUGGGGCGGUGGGCACACGUGUCUGUGUGGGCGCACGUGCAUGUUUUGGUGCUUGUGCGUGUGCACAUGCACGUGUGUGUUUGGUUGCACUUGUGUAUGUGUGUGUGUGUGCGUGCAGGCAUGUAUGCCUUCCCAGUAUUCCUUCAAUCCUCAUUUUCACUAUCAGGUGUAAAUCUCCUUUUCCGCUCCAGCGAGCCCGAGGAGCGUUUAGGAGUGAUGGGAGAGGUAGGGUACCUCUGCUCCACCCUGAGAUGCCUUCGCAGCCUCUGCCAUCAGUGCACUGGACUGUCACCUUGCACCUGUUUUGCAGAUGAACCAAAAACAAACAUCAAAGCCGCAGUCCAGGUGUUGGCGUGGCACACACAGCAGCAGCAGGGUCAGGGCGGGACUGUCUGCACAGGUGCCGUUCACGCCAGUGCUCGACCCUGUUCAGUCACCAAGGCUGCCACUGCCAUGGGCUCAAGGCUUACCAACGCACACUGCUGAGACGCAGGCAGCUCAGUGCAUGGGGAACGCUUCAUUACCAGCGUGAACACAGCAUUUACUUUCUCUCUGAAUGUUCCCCCCCCCCCCAUCUACCUCCGAGCUGCAUGUGCUGAGCGCGUUUACUUUUACUUUAGUGCCAUUGUGAAGGAUGUCCCGGUCACACAGACGAGACGGCUGUAAUGACAUCCCCGCCCCAAUCACGGAGACGAGACAGCCGUAAUGACGUCCCCGCCAAAAUCACACAGGCGAGAUGGCCAUUAUUAUUUAUUGACCACAACCAAGGAGACGUAGACAUAAUGGCUGUUAUGAAAGACACAGAGUCUGGAUGAAAGUUUCUUUUUUUCAUGUUUUUGAAUUCCAGAGGUCUUGCCCUCAUGGACUCCAGUGUCAGUCUUCUUAGCCCCCCUGAAAUGCAGUACGGUGUCACGCAUCAUUCUUAGGCACGAUCACAAUGCUGUAAUUAUAUCCGCAAACAAACAUCGCACUCUUCCCGUGUGAGCGUGGGCUGUGGGAGGAGGUCCCGUCGAUUGUAAAUUCUCAUGUGCCAUCAGUGACGUCCAUUCAAGAGAUAACGCUACACUGUAAUAAAAACACUCUCCAUCGCGUGCAUAAGUGUGCAUGAUCUGUGGAAUGGCUUCGAGCUGCAUUUCUCCUCACAGUAGUGGCGUGUUACAGUUGUACUGGUCAUGUGCUUGUGCCUUAAAGUCCAGCUUUCUUGCGCUCCAGACUGGCCGUCCGCCUGUAGAUUACCACUAACUUUCGGUAGGGAGAGGUGCCUGGUUGCAACUUGUGUCAAAAUGGAUUAUGAAUAUAAUUUGUUGAGGUUUGUUUUUUUUAAUUUUAUCAAUAUGUUUCAGUAAAUAAACUAGGUGUUUCUAUUUUCA